AUGGACAAAAAAUCAGGAAAAAAAGAGCAAGGAAAAGUCUAUUGUGAUAUUUGCAGAAAAAGCAUCCCACAGUGGCUUAUGCCGAAGCAUCAGUAUUGCCAGCAGCAUUUACGAGCUAAAGCAGCAAGAAUGUUUUAUCAAGCUAAAUCUAAAGAAAAUCCUUACAAAAAAUUCAAAGACGACCCAGAUGCCUUUUUUUCUAAUAAAAUGCCAAUGGCACCAGAAGAGCUUGGCCCAGCACUAUUUAAUCCUCACGACGCACUUAUAACAAAAUCCAAAACUAAAGGCAUUUGGGCCCUAAUUGAAGACGAAACAACAGGCACAACCUAUUUUAAAAACAAACUCAGCGGGAAAAUGCAGAGAAAUCGUCCAGUUGGCUUGCUAGACGAAGAUUUUGAUAGAGAAGUUAUACAAAGUCUUCAAGAAAAUAACCCUCAAAGCCAAUUCAAUUAUCAAGAAUAUGAAGAAGAGGACGAAGACGAACAAGCCAAGCCAGGCGAAUGAAAAGAAGUCACAGGCAGCAGCUGGUUUGGAGAAGAUAAAGAAGAAAGUGAAGAAGAGAAAUUUGAAGGAAUUUAUGAGAAAGAUGAAAUUAUUGUAGAAGAUGAGGAAAGUGAAGAAGAAGAAGAAGGAGAAAAUAAAAGAGAAAUUAUGCUAAAUACAGUGGAAAAAUUGAAAGACAAAGCAAAAGAAAGCAGCGAUGAAGAGCUUGUGGAAAAGCCGGUGUAUAGUCAGAGUGUUAAAAGUUGCAAAGAGUUCGCUAAAAGGAAUAAAAAAUCAAAAUUACAGUUGUAA